AUGACAAAAUGGAGUGGACAAUAUAAUGGUAAUUUUGUCUUAAGCGUUGGCGAUCAUGAAGGAGUUUCAAGUAUUUAUGACACAAAAUGGGAUAAAGUCUGGAAGAAUGCAUAUCAAGGAAGAUUAGCCAAGAUUCCUUGGUACAUUGUAGCCGGAAAUCAUGAUUGGUACGGCAAUAUUACAGCUCAGAUUGAUUAUAGCUUGAAUUAUGACUCUCGAUACUUCUUCCCAUCUGCAUAUUUUGUUCGUGAAUCAUAUUUUG